UGUCUCUUCCACCACUUCUUCUCCCUCUCUUUCUCUUCUCAUUCCUCCGCAACAAAAGAACGCGAAACCUAUUCUGAGCAAACAAAACCCAAACCUUACAGUACAUUUACAUCACAUAUUAUUACAUGUAAUGGCGAGUGGGUGGGUGAAGUCGUGGCAGUGCAAGUCAAGAGCAUUUGAAGACGUGUACCACCCGAACUCCAAAAUCCUGAUACCAAGUGCAAGUUGCAGAAAGAGCGUUCAAAACAUCAAAGACAUGGUCGACGUACCUAAGCCCAAGCCCAAGCCCAGAAUGCCCAAGCCUAAGCAACCUUUGGAAAAACAUCCAAGUUCUAAAUACCCAACAACCAAACCCGAAUUCGAAGCCUCUCUCAACCGAACAACCACCAUGUCUCGCUCACGAAGCACCACUACCACGACCAUGACAACCUCGUCCCGUGUCAUCAUUGAGCUCCCCGAGGGGCACCCUUCGCGUAACGUUGUUGAGAUUAUCUUCCACACCAGCUGGGGCCCUAAGUCAUUUCCGGGUCGGGUCGAGAUGAUAUUCAAGGUCCAAAAUGGGUCGCGGACCAUAUCGCGCUUCGAGGAGUUUCGCGAGGCUGUGAAGGCACGCGCCGCCGCGGGUCUCUCUGAGGGGAACGACUGGGAAGAGAAUGCGCGGUACAUCGCCGAUGGGAACGAGGUGAUGCGGUUUUAUUGCUUGGGUCCCGCCGAGGACGGUGGUCCCUACGACGGCGGCUGUGCAUGGUCGUUUCCGGAGAGAAAAGGGUCGGCGAUCUGCACGUUUUCCGGCAGCGGCGGCGCUCAUGAGACUGCCGGCGGAGGCAGGGGCAGAAGGGCUAUGUUGGUUUGCCGGGUCGUGGCGGGUCGGGUCUCGAAGCAACUCGGAUUUCUGGACUCGUUGUUGGAUAAGCGAGUGGGUUUCGACUCGGUGAGUGGGGACAGCGGCGAGUUGCUAGUGUUUGACUCGCGUGCGGUAUUGCCCUGCUUUCUUAUUAUUUACAAGUUGUAA